CAGCAUUUGUGUUACGAACGGACGUGGGUGUAGUAUACCUCUUUUGCUUGCGCGGACGACGUAUAAAUUUACUACAACUUCAAAAGGUUUUUGGUUAAUACACAAGACGCGUCGUGUAAAAAAGCCGCCGCAACAUCUUAUAUGCAAAAAUUGAACGUGCGUGUUGUGUGCUAGAGCCAAAUUAAAAAAAGUCGCAAGUGCUUGAAAAUUUUUUUGGCAUUUUGUGUGUGUUUCAUUGGAUCGUCGCCCCGCUGCUGUCGCCGCUGCCGCUCUUGCUCUUUCUCGUACGCGUGUGUGUGUGUGCCGUGUGUGUGAGUGUUUCGCUGCGCGCGUGAGUUGGUGUGUGUGCAUGUGCUUUGUAAGUGUGUGCGUUGUGUUGGCCAAAAGCAAAACGCAAAGAGAGCCGCUAUUGUAGCAGCCGCAACAACAACAGCAACAACACCGACAACAACAACAACAAAAAGAAGAAAAACCAAAAUCGACAAAUGCGGUCAAAUUAAAAAAAAAACAACAACAAAUAAAAGUACAUAUUGGUGUCGUGCAACAACAACAGAAACAACAACAAAACAGAAAAAUCAGCAGCACAGUGAAGCAAAAGCAAUAAUCCCAAAAAGCAAAAAAACUUGCCUGAGAAAGCGUGCCGCCGCUGCCGCUAUCGCUGCCGACGUCGCCGUUGACGCUGUCGCGUGUGUCUGUGUGAAAAGCCGGAAAAUUGCUGCACUAGGCGUUGUCGUUGUUCGCGUUGCACAGUGAGACCCUUACUUAAUUUCUUCUGCGAAUUUUGUGUGUUAUCAUCAACGGCGCCCGCUUAUCAGGUCCCCAUUUCUGAUUAUUGCGAAAAAUUCCGAAAAAUAAAACCGCAUACUAAACCCGUGUAUUAAGCACAAGCUAAAAAAAAACAAAGCAAGACAAAACUGCAACUGGUUUCGCUGCAGCGCUCAAGCAAGCAGCAGCACAACAUCAAAGGCAAAUUCACAGUUCCGAAAAACACCAACCUUGAAAAACUAAAUGAAGCCUGUGUCUGCAACUGUGCCAAAUACCACAACGCUGGAUCUUAGACGACGGCCACAAAUUAGCCAGCCCGCACUUGAUUUGCUAGCUUGAAUUCGAACCUAAAUCCGCUAGGUUCAACAACAAGGUUUUUGAGAAAUAGCUACAACAAACACACAGAGUUCGAUCGAUUCCACCAAAAAAAAAAUCAGAGGCAGCCAAAGCAGCAUCAACAAACAACACAAACAAACAACCGACUCAACACACACAGAGCUGAGCGAAGCAAAAAGUUUGUGUUAUUUUUCGAGAGCGCCAAAGGAUUGAUUAAAAAACCGCCAACCUGGAACUAAUGGAAUUAGAGAAUAUUGUGGCCAAUACGGUCUACUUGAAAGCAAGAGAAGGUGGUUCGGACAGCAACAAGGGAAAGAGUAAAAAAUGGCGCAAAAUAUUACAAUUUCCACACAUAUCGCAGUGCAUCCACCUGAAAGACAAAUUAGACAUAAGCUAUGGCUACGUGAUAGAUCAACAGCCCAUUGGUCGUGAGCUCUUUCGCCAGUUCUGUGAGAACAAACGGCCCGUCUACUUUCGCUACAUCAGUUUUCUGGAUCAGGUGGUCAAAUAUGAAAUCGAGUACAUUGUGACUCGCAUUUAUAUUGGCCACGAUAUUGGGCGACGCUUCUUGGACAUUGAGCCGCAGCUGGAGCUGCGCAAUGGCGGCGAUGGCGAUGGCGUUGAUGGCCUCGAUGCCGAGACGCGGGAGGAGCUGCUGCUCAACAGCAGCAAUGCCAAUCCAACUGAAACAGCUGAGACUGAAAACUGCAACAAUACCACCGCCAACAACUGCAACAACAUCAACAGCAACAGCAGCAAUCACAAGAAGCUUCACGACACGCACAAUCACAAUGGCGAUGAUGCGACGGCGGCGUUAAAUGGUGGCGCCAGCGAUGCCGCCGACCACGAUGACGAAGGUGUCAAGAGCGAGGGUAGCCAACAGGAUGCAGAGAAAGGUGGCGGCGGAGGUGGCGGUGGUGGAACAUCGGGUAUAGGAUCAGGAUCGGGCUUGGGUUCUGAUGAACUCGUGCUGGACGUGCUCAACGAUGAUCUCAUUGCACAGGUGCGCAACAAAUUGAACAGCGGCGGCAAGGAUCUCUUUGCCCAUUGUGUGAAGGCAGUGAAGGCAUUUCUCGCCGGCGAACCGUUUCGCGAAUUUGAGCACUCGAUGUACUUUCAUCGUUACUUGCAGUGGAAGUGGCUCGAGGCACAGCCAAUCACAUACAAAACGUUUCGCAUGUACCGAGUCCUCGGCAAGGGAGGCUUCGGUGAGGUCUGCGCCUGUCAGGUGCGAGCCACGGGCAAAAUGUACGCGUGCAAAAAGCUGGAGAAAAAGCGCAUAAAGAAGCGAAAGGGCGAGUCCAUGGUGCUCAUCGAAAAGCAAAUACUGCAAAAAAUCAACUCGCCAUUUGUUGUCAAUCUGGCCUACGCAUACGAGACAAAGGAUGCCCUCUGCCUGGUCCUCACCAUAAUGAAUGGCGGCGAUUUGAAAUUUCACAUUUACAACAUGGGCGGCGAACCGGGCUUUGAGCUGGAACGUGCCAGAUUCUAUGCAGCCGAAGUUGCGUGUGGACUCCAGCAUCUGCAUAAACAGGGCAUUGUCUACAGAGAUUGCAAGCCGGAGAAUAUACUGCUCGACGAUCAUGGCCAUGUGCGCAUCUCUGAUCUCGGACUGGCUGUGGAGAUACCCGAGGGUGAUAUGGUGCGCGGUCGCGUAGGGACUGUGGGCUACAUGGCACCGGAGGUCAUUGAUAAUGAAAAAUAUGCUUUCUCGCCGGACUGGUUUAGCUUUGGCUGUCUGCUCUAUGAGAUGAUCGAAGGUCAGGCGCCGUUCCGCAUGCGCAAGGAGAAAGUGAAGCGCGAGGAAGUCGACAGGCGCGUUAAGGAGGAUGCCGAAAAGUAUUCGAGCAAGUUUAGUGAUGAAGCCAAAUCAAUGUGCCAACAGCUGUUAGCUAAAUCGAUAAAGCAACGCUUGGGUUGCCGCAACGGACGCCUGGGCGCCCAGGAUGUGAUGGCGCAUCCAUUCUUUCACUCCACACAGCUGAACUGGCGACGCUUAGAGGCUGGCAUGCUGGAGCCGCCAUUUGUGCCAGACCCGCACGCCGUUUACGCCAAAGAUGUACUCGAUAUUGAACAGUUCUCGACGGUGAAGGGCGUCAAUAUCGAUGAAUCGGACACGAAUUUCUAUACGAAAUUCAAUACGGGCUCUGUAUCGAUUUCGUGGCAAAACGAAAUGAUGGAAACGGAAUGCUUUCGCGAGCUGAACGUCUUUGGACCCGAGGAAUGCCCCACGCCGGAUUUGCUGAUUAAUGCCACACCGGAACCCGACAAGGCUGGCUGCUUUCCCUUCAGACGCAAGAAGAAGCAACCGGCUCGCACACAGCCCAUUCCCAUUCCUGAGCACCUGCUAGUCACUAAUCACAGCGUGUCAUCCACGACGGUCGAGAGCUGAUAGCAUAGAUUAGUUAAAGCCCAAACGCCUAACGUACAUAGCACAUAACACUAAUUGAGCCCCACCACGCACAGUUACACUCCCCAUGAAAACUCCGCGAACAACAAAAAACCAAAACCAUAUACAUAUAUAUUUUUUCGGGGGUACAACUGAAACUCAUUGCAAUAAACACGAACAAGACAACCGAGAGGGAGAGAUAGAGAGAAGAGGGGACAAACGAGGAGCAUUUUAUAAUUUUAUGAAUGGAUUUUUACACAAGUUUUCUAAUGAAAAUAAUGAAUUGGGAUGCGUGUGUUUCCCCAACUAAAAUAAUCGUAAAUGUUUGCAAAAAAGAAAAAGAAGAAAAAAAAACAGAAAAAGACUCGCAGAGAGAAAAGAAAGAGAAGCAGACGUUAGGUCGUUACUUAAUUGAUGGUAUACCAAAUGCCAUACCAUACACUUACUGAUUAUACGAGUAGGAUUAUGUGGUAAUUAAACAGAGGGAGAGAGAGAACAGCUUCAAAGCGAUUACUAAAUAAAACCUAAAGUAAAGUCAAAUAAAAGCCGCAAGCCAAAUUGGGCCGUCAGUUUGUCAUAGCACCUAAAGUAAUGUUACUUAAAAUGCAAAUGCAAAUGCAAAUGCUAUUGAAAUAAACCGAAAGAAACUAAUUAUAAUUAAUAUACACACACACACACAGACACACAAAUAAACAAACACGCAUAAAUAUAGUACGUACAUAUAGAGAGGGGCGGCAAUCUAGAGGCAAUGCCAGAGUAACAAUGUAAUAUUUGUAAAGUAGUUUUGUGCUCAACGUGUUUUUGCAAAAGGGAGCCUCAAAUAAAAAAAGAAAGAAAAAGAAAGUGGUUUAGUUAGCAAUGUGGUAAGGCAGUUAAGCAAAUGACAUGAAAUACUCGAAAAACUUUAAUGCAUUUUUAUGAAAUACUUAACAUACAUAAACACACACGCACACAUAUACAUACGUAUAAAGAUAUAUAUGCGAUAUAUAUAUAUAUAUAAAUAUAAAUAUUAAAUCAAUGUAAAUGUAUGUACAAAAGCAACAUACAUACAUACAUAAUAAGUAAAAUGAAUGUACAUUUUUUACUUACUUUUAUUGCCGCACACUUUUCCUACGCUUUUCAAAAUAAUAUUUUCUGUUGCCUAAGUUUAAGUUGACUGCAAUUCGUCAUUAGGGUUUUGAGAACGUGAUUAAUGAUAUUUGUUUUGUCAUGCAAUAAGUAGGUAUAUAUAUAUACAUACAUAACAUAACAUAAUAUGAUGCCAGCAAAUCGCUAAAAUCGAUCGACCGAGAGAGAGACGUCGGCUAGUUUUUAAGUGAGUGAAUUAAAUGAAAAAGAGUUUUCGUGUAAAUGUGUAGUGUAGGCAUUUUUGUAAUUAGCAAACAAAAACAAUACAAAAACUAAAACUAAACAAAACAAAAACAAACAAUACACAAUUUGUGAAUUUAUUACAUUAUGUUCCAUUGCAUACAUAAUUGGCAAAUGAUUCGUUGGCACACCAUUUAUAAAAAGCCACGCGCGAGAUUUAUUUACAAUUCAAUUGGUUUAUUAUUGGCACACACACUAACUCAUAUGGCACACCCACACACACACAACCCCCAUACCAAUACCCACACAUACAUUAUUAGCAAAUUGUAAGCUACGAUACGAGUAUACACAACAACAAUGGAUGCAACCACAAACAAAACAAAAAAGAAACUUAAACUAUAGUAAACAAUGAAUACUACAGCACAACAGAAAACUGCAAAACUGAAAACGAUAACACAAGCUCUAAAGCGCAUAAUUGAAUUUUUAGCACAAAACACAAACAAACCAUAAAAGCAACAACAACUACAAAAUAUAAGAAUUAAAUUAUGCAAAAAAGCAAAACACAAAAAAAAAAUACAUGCAUACAUACAAAAGAAAACAAAGAUACAAACCAAGCGCCGAAAUAUUUA